GCAGGGAGGCGCCGGGGGAGAAGGGCCUCCUCUCGCGGGGGAAGACUGCCUGGCCCUGCCGACGGGCCCGCCUGUCAGCGGCUGUCACCGCGCUUCGCCCCCUGACUGCCGGUGCCUUUCGCUUCUCGGGAAUUGUUUUAACAAAUAUGGAUGAGUGAGCUUGCUGCAGUUUCUUGAGUUUGUCAUCCACCCGAUUUUGACAUGAUCAGAUGUCUGGUAGAAGAUGUGCGAGCCAGGCUGCGUUCUGGAGUGGCUGUCAGCUCACUGGGGCAGUGUGUUGAGGAGCUUGUCCUCAAUAGCAUUGAUGCCAAAGCAACAUGUAUAGCUAUCAGGGUGGAUUUGGAAGCUUUUAAGAUCCAGGUGGUGGACAAUGGUUCUGGGAUGGGGAGAGAAGACUUAAAUAAAAUGGGAAAGCGGUACUUCACUAGUAAAUGCCACUCAGUGGAAGACUUAGAGAACCUGAAGUUCUAUGGCUUUAGAGGGGAGGCUGUGGCAAGCAUAGCAAACAUGGCCAGCAUAGUGGAAGUUUCAUCUAAGACCAACAGGAUGGCAAAAACUUUUGUGAAACUGUUUCACAAUGGGCAAGGAUUGGAAGUCUGUGAAGCUGAAGUGAGCAGACCAAGUGGUGGAACUACAGUGACUGUGUAUAAUCUGUUCCAUCAGUUACCAGUGAGGAGGAAGUGCAUGGAUCCUGUCUUGGAAUUUGAGAGAAUAAGACAGAAAGUAGAGGCUAUUUCACUGAUGCAUCCUGCUGUUUCACUCUCUUUAAGGAAUGAUGUCUCUUGUUCCAUGGUGCUUCAGCUCCCCAAGACACGAGAUGUAUAUUCUCGUUUUUGUCAAAUUUAUGGACUGGGCAGAUCACAGAAGUUACGAGAAAUAAGGCAUAAGUCUGGGGGAUUUGAGCUAAGUGGUUAUAUCAGUUCCGAAGGGCAUUACAAUAAGAAUAUGCAGUUCUUGUAUGUGAAUAGAAGACUGGUUUUAAAGACAAGAAUACAUAAACUAAUUGAUUUUUUAUUAAGAAAAGAAAGUGUUAUUUGCAAGGCAAAAAGUGUCACCACCAGCAGACAGACUAGUUCAAGUCCUGGUCACCAUCGCUGUGGCCCAGAGUUGCAUGGAAUCUUUGUUCUCAAUGUGACAUGUCAGUACAGUGACUAUGAUGUGUGUCUAGACCCUGCAAAAACUCUAAUCGAAUUCCAUAACUGGGAUGUUCUUCUAACUUGCGUUGAGGAAGGAGUGAAAAUAUUUUUAAAACGAGAACAUUUAUUUAUUGAACCGUGUAGUGAAGACAUCAGAGAAUUUAAUGAAGAUAAUGACUUUUGCUUGUCUAGUGCCCCAGUUUUGAAACCUUCAGUCUCUGAGAAGAACAUCCAAGAUAGCUUUAAGAAAGCCUGUGAUGAAAUUGUGGAUUCCUAUGAAAUGUGUAACUUGCAAUCCAAAGAUGUCAAAAGGAAAUCAGUGAGUGGAAAAAAGCCUUCCAGUCCUUUUGAGUCAAAUCGCAAUCUAGAGGAAACUGAAAUAUCCCCAGAUCAAAUGAUGGCUGAACCGAUUGACACCUGUAGGAACAAUGAAGCAGAGAUGCUACUGCCCAACAAAGACAGCACAGCUUCUGAUUUCAGUAUAUCGGAUGUCUCAGAACAGGAGCCAAAAGACACUAACAUUUCCCAAAAGGUGUUUGAUACUGAUCUCAAAUCUUCAGAAAAUCUCUGUUCCUCUCUUGGUGAAGGGGCCAGAUCAGAAAAAAUAGAAACAGACCUGUGUGAUGACCUGCAGCAUUGUGCAGAGAAUUAUAUAAAAGAUGUGGGAAGCCAGCAAGGCGAAGUAGUGCAGAAAAGCAAUACCGUCCAUAUCUUAAAUAAUGAUUUUACUCAGUGGCCAUCUAAGAGACUAGAAGACCCUACUGAAACAGCAGUAGGACCUGAAAUUGUCACUGGAAGUUCAGUGGUGGGAAUGUGUGAUGCAAAGAAAGGAAAUAGAGAAACAACUGAAAUGACAUAUGCUGCUGGCAGAGGGGCUGUUACUUCAAUACCAUUAAAAUUGUGUUCUACAGGCCUUAUAACACAUGUUAUGCAAAAUGAGCCACCAUGUGAAUGUGAACAAAUAGAAACAAAUCUUGCAUUAAAUGCACACUGUAGACCUGGCCCUGUCAGUGCCAAGGAUAUUUUUGGAGGCAAAGUGAAUUUUCCAAUUCAUUCUUUAAAUGUUAAGGGUAUUUCCAGUAAUAUAAAUAAAGAAUAUACCCUUCCUUGCAACAGAGAAAUGUGCAUGGCUGAUGGGAAUAAGCGGUUGGAGAACAAAACUUUGCCAAAUCAGGUGAGUGAGGGGAUAGCCAUGCCUACUGCAGCUGGCAAAAGGCAUUGUGUGACAUCGAAUAUCAGAGAAUUGACAUUGGCAAGAUCUGGUAUUCCUCAGAAUGAAAUUGUGCAAAGCACUGGAAAACAAGUAGCUGAACCAAGAUCUCAGCCCUGUAAGAAGCUAGGCUUGUCCAUGCAGCUCGGUUCAUUAGAAAAGUUCAGGAGAUACUAUGGUAGAGUCAAGUGUACGCUAUCAACACCAUUGCCAGAGGAGCGUGAACGUGGUCUAACGUUUUUUAAUUCACGAGCUAAUCGUGACUCCUCAAAGAAUCAGAAUGACGAUCAUGGUAACCUGAGCAUUUGUGAAACUCCAGCUUUGGAGUAUACGGAUUCUAACAAUAGUAGCCAAGUUCUUGUUUCUUUGGAAGAGACAAUAUUCAGCAGCGAAGACACGUUACUGGACAGACAAGCACUUUGUCAGAGUAAGAAUCCUUUCACAUUGACUGAUUCCUCUCAGGUUGCUAAAAAAAAUGUGAGUAGUGCAAGAUCUCUGGGAUCAUUAGCGUCUAAACUGUCCAGAAUGAAAAGUGACCACAGAGAAGUAGAACAACCUGGUGAACAAUUCCAAACAGAUUCAAGUAGAAGAGAUAACAACUCAUUCAAUCUUGAAUCUUCAAAUAAUGAUUUUUUGUGUAAUGAUUGUCAAAUGUAUAAAACCGCCAUGGAAAAAAUGACGAGAAAUCAUUUCAGCUUUUCUAAGGGGGAUACUCCCUGGCAAUUGCACAGUACAAGAGCAGAGUCCAUGGAAAAUACUGUGAGCCAGUCACCACUCAGCAGUAUGGAAGGGGAGGAGUACACAGUCUCCUCAAGCAGUGUUUUAUCAUUACCUGGUAAAAAAGUUUGUUCUAAUGUCAUCUGCACAGAGAAGAGUAUGUUAGGUGAAUCCUCAAAACAAACUUCGAAAGCUGCUGAGCUUCCCUGUAUGACUUUCCUAAGUUGCUUGGAAUUCUCUGCAGAUGACACAAGUACAGGUGAUGCCAGGAAUGAUUCAUGUUUUUCUGACUGGCUGCAAGAUUUUGAUGUUUCGUCAGGUAAGACAAUUUACAUCAAUAAAACAACCGGGCUGAGCACUUACAAUGCUCCUCCUGCUGAAGAAUUUCAAGCUGCCUGCACUAAAGAUAUAACCACAAUGGCUGUGAAUGUUGUCUCAGAGAAUGGGGUUCAGUGCAGGUGCCAUCCCUUUAGAAGUGAGAUUGUGCUACCCUUCCUUCCUAGACCUCGGAAAGAGAGGACUGUAGCAAGCCAGGAUCUGAGAGAUGCUGAAGGGGAGUCUCUCCAGUCACUGUUUUCAGAAUGGGAUAAUCCUGUUUUUGUUCGCUGCCCAGAGAUUGCUGUUGAUGUGACCAGCAGUCAGGCUGAGAAUCUGGCUGUGAAAAUUCAUAAUAUCUUGUAUCCUUAUCGUUUCACCAAAGACAUGAUUCAUUCAAUGCAGGUUCUUCAGCAAGUGGACAAUAAAUUUAUCGCUUGUUUAAUCAACACAAGGAAUGAAAUGGAUAAAAAGGCAGGUGGAAACCUCUUGGUGUUGGUGGACCAACAUGCAGCUCAUGAACGGAUCCGCCUGGAGCAGCUUAUUGCAGAUUCCUAUGAGAAGGAGGCUGCAGUAGGUGGCAAAAAGAAAUUAUUGUCCUCCUCCAUCUCUCCCCCUUUGGAGAUUGAAGUAACAGAGGAACAAAGAAGAUUCUUACGAUGCUGCCACAAAAAUUUGGAGGAUUUAGGCCUUGAAUUAUCAUUUCCUGAGACCAACAGCUCCUUGAUUCUAGUGGGGAAAGUGCCACUGUGUUUUAUAGAAAGAGAGGCCAAUGAAUUACGACGGAAAAGACAACCUGUCGCUAAAAGCAUUGUGCAGGAGUUUAUUCAAGAACAAGUUGAGCUAGUGCAGACCACAGGAGGAGCACGAGGGACACUGCCUCUGACGUUUCUGAAGGUGUUAGCUUCCCAAGCAUGUCAUGGAGCUAUUAAGUUUAAUGACAGUUUGACUUUGGAGGAGAGCUGUCAGCUCAUUGAAGCUUUGUCAUCUUGCCAGCUGCCCUUUCAGUGUGCUCAUGGGAGACCUUCCAUGAUGCCCCUUACGGACAUAGACCAUCUCCAGCAGGAAAAGCAGCCUAAACCUAAUUUGGCUAGACUGAGGAAAAUGGUGCAAGCAUGGCACCUAUUUGGAAAAAAAAAGAACCUAACCAAAGAAGUGACGAAUGUAAACUGCAGCCACCAAAAGUGUUGAUACAAUCCAGAUUUUCUAGUUAGACAGCAAUAACUUCUGUGGAGCUGUUUCUCAUCUAGUGCAGUAACCGAAGUUCUGCCCUGAGUACUGACCUAAGAAGCAGAGACCAGCCAGGAGAACAUGGCAGGAGGAGCCUGCCCUAGUAGCCUGGAGAAGCGUCUUCAAUGCUAAAGAACUGCACUGUAAACCUGGGCAUUAUGUCAGUGCUUGACUAUCAAAGGCAAGAAGUUGCAGCCAUUUCCAGUUACUCAAGUACUUUUCUCAGCAAGCGCAGCAGGACUUUGCAUAAUAGGAUAUUUUUAAUUAAAUGUACAAAUACAGUCAGCACUUUGAAAAUGGGGAGGUAUUUAUUAAAAAAAAUUAAUGCUAAACUCUU